UGAAUAUCAUUAUUACAUUACUACAAAUACUUACAAAUAGAUAAGCACAUAUCAAUCCAUUCCAAAAUUAAAAAAAAAAAAAACAUCAACUUGGUCUCCCACAGUUUCAUAAAAACCAAACCCCCCUUCAAAAAAAUCUGACUCUCUGUUUUUCUCUUCUUCUCUGUCAAUGGCUUCUGACCAAAACCUUCAAGAAAAGUAUGCCCUUAACGCCAAAGUCAUGGUAGGUUCUUCAGUCCUUCUCUUCAUACUCAUAAUCAUCGUCGUUCUCUUUCGCACUUAUAUCUACCUCUGCCACCAUCGCCGCAACCGCCACCGUCAAUUCUCUCAACAAUCUCUUACAACCACCACUUUCAAAGAAGAAAAACUCGACCCUUCCGUUCUCAAAUCCAUUCCUACUUUCAUCUUUUCAACCUCCGCAAGCCACCGCACUGUCCUCGACUGCGCCGUAUGCUUAUCGGAGUUCACCGACGGUGAUGUGUGUCGUACGCUUCCUAAUUGUAAACACCAUUUUCAUUCUCAGUGUAUUGAUAUGUGGCUCGGUUCUCAUUCCAAUUGUCCUCUCUGCCGAACUCCGGUUCAACCGGUGACGGUUCAGACUCAUACUGAACCGUGCUCUGUUUCGGGUUUACAAGAACCGGGUGAAGGUUGUUCGAGUUUUCUUGAACCGGUUGGGUGUCCGAGAAAGCCUUUUAGUGUAAUUGUAGAGUUACCUUACCACCAGAGAUAGUCCGGGUCGGUUCACGUAUCCGAAGAUAACGGGUCGGAUCCUGAAAAUGUAUUUAUUGUAUUGCAAUUUGCAACGAUGAUUGAUGACGUGGAUAUUCCACCACAUUAAAAUAUCUUUUACUACUUUGGAGAA